AUGGAAAUUUGCAUCGACUCAAUAGCGUCUGCAAAGAACGCGAUAAAAGGUGGCGCCAGCAGAUUGGAAGCAUGCUCUGCGUUAUCCGAAGACGGCUUAACACCGACUCCGGGAUUGAUAAGGUUUAUAAAAAAUUUUUCCAAAGUCCCGGUGCAUGCAAUGAUAAGAAUCAGGGCUGGAAAUUUUGUCUACACUGAGGAAGAAAAAGAAGCUAUGUUAUACGACCUGCAAAUCCUGGACAGCGUCGGAGCAGAUGGGUUUGUCUUCGGAGCUCUCAAUCCUGACUUCACAGUUGAUGAAGAUAUCUGCAGGGAAGUCAUCAAAGCUGCCAAGUCCAAGCCGGUGACUUUUCACCGGGCUUUUGAUGAAGGUUCUGACUUCCGGCCAGAAGAACACGGCUCCAGAAGGCUUGGAGAUGAUUACUGA